AUGGCUAGUGUACAGUACGGCCAUCCUAAUGGCGACCUGCAUGACGACGAAUCCCUCUUUGAUGAUGAUCUGAUAGAGGCCGACGAUGCGCUCGAAGCCGAGGACCCCCUACACGAUACCUCCGAUACGGCGCCUCUCCGAGGCAACAUUGAAUCCGAAUCAAGCUCGAGAGGUGGACGUGGAGCUGGCUACAACCAAUACCUGACCUCCACUAUUCCUGGCGAAGACCGUCGCGCGACACAGAAUACGAUUGAUGAGCCUGUCUGGGCAACACUGUCCCGCGACCUGGUUGCCGUUUGGGAAAAGAUGCGCCAGGUGCUGUGGCCCAAGUACCUACUUGGAGGCAUGAUGCAGCGCGGCGGAGGUGGCAUCGGCGGUGCUGCCGAGAGAGGCGAGAUUGCUGGAUUCGGUCAAAACCUGCGCGGGCUCGUUGGGCGCUGGCCGGAUGCCGAUGUGGUCCUACAAGGUGGUAUGAGUGAUGGGUUGCGAGACUGGGAUCUUUGGGGUCCUCUUGUCUUCUGCUUGGUUUUAAGCUUAUUCCUAUCUCUCGCAAAGGGAGAUCAAUCAUCCUUGGUCUUCUCUGGAGUGUUUUGUAUCGUUUGGAUCGGAGAAGCUGCUGUUACUCUUCAGAUAAAGCUUCUUGGUGGCAAAAUCUCUUUCUUCCAGUCAGUCUGCAUAAUCGGAUAUACCCUCUUCCCAAUGGUCAUUGCCGCCAUGCUUAGUGCAUUGCGCCUUCCUACAAUCGCCAGAAUACCGGUCUAUCUUGUCCUCAUGGCCUGGUCCAUGGCAGCGGGAGUCAGCAUUUUGGGAGGUUCUGGUGUUUUGCGCAACCGUGUAGGCAUUGCGGUUUACCCGCUAUUCGUGUUUUAUGUCUCGAUUGGAUGCCUUUGCUUCAUUAGUUAA